AUGGGACAUCAUAAAGAAGCUGAGGUGGGUCUCCAUAGUAAUCCUUUGAACUGUUAGCAGCCUCUGAUGACAUAUUUCAUCCUCUAACCUAUAAAAGUAGUCAAUGAAAAGGGGGAAAAUGAACACGUAUUACUAUUAUUAGAUGCAUCAAUAUCAAUAUUUAAUAUUAAUAUUAUUACACAUAAUUUUUGACUUCCUAACCAAAUUAAUUGCUUUAAAAUACUCUGACUAAUUAAUGCCACAUUAAUUUAAAGCAAAUAACAUAAAUACAAACUAUGGUAAUAAUAAAUUAUAUAAUCAUGGACUGUAUGUAUGUAAUUUACUUUAAGUUAACAUGGCAAGUUGGUCACAGUAUUGAAAUAUUGGACUGAGUGUUGUCGCCUCAAUUCCGUCCAUAAGGAUACAAGUAAACUAAUGAAACAAACAAUAAGACUCUCCCAUCAAUACUAAAAUUAGGACUGCCAAUAGCCAAGCUGAUAGCUAAAGAAUUUUGAAAAUCGUUAAUUAUUAAGUUAUUAGUUGUAUAGUACCUUGGUAAGGUCUACAUCUGUAUUUUACUCAAUGAACACCAGCUACAAAAAAGGCCAGUGACAGGGAAACUUAUUGUGAUGGUGUCACGAAAUGUCAGUUGUUUUCUCAAGCUACCAUGAAUUUCAUACCACUAAGAAAUAAAUUAUAAAAGGGUACUGCCUCGGGAAAAUAGUUACGGCAUAAUUUGUCUUACAUUUUUAGAAUCUGGACAAAAAGCACGUGAAAUUAUUCCCUAAUUUCAGACGUCACCAUUUGAUUAUGCAGUAUUGUUUGUACAGAUACAUCUAUGAUUCGUAAAGAAAUUUAUUCAAUGAAAUACUCCCGGGGGUGGUACUCCCUUAUAUAAGCCAUAUAGGUCUGUGCUGAGCCAGAGGGUGUGGGUUUAGCCCCAUUUCGGUCUGAAAACGGGUAUAGGCUUUAAACAGUUUGGUCUGGAAUCGGAUGUGGUUUUCGAAGGGAACUACAGGAAUGCAUGAACGUAUUUGGCAUUUCAAUUCCAAAUGAAAAAGAAAGAAAGAUAUGUGAAUUCAAAAUGGACUUGUUGGAGUUCCAAUCUAAGUUAUUUCAUGUCUGAAAAUGGGUGUGGAAAAUGACAUUUUUUUGGUCUGAAAAGAGUUCCUGAUUUGGAGAAACAGGAGACACAUCCCCACUAAGAAUUCCCAAGAGCGAUCCCCUACUGGGGGAAAUACUGAUACUUUCUUAUCUGGUACUGGCAACAAUUAACAAUUAUUGAAUUCCGCUUUCGUAUUAUCUGAAGAAUAUUAUUAUAAAGAUCGAGGAGAGACCGAGGCGGAUAACACCUUCCGAAAUCUCCAUAAUUCUUCAAAUAAUUCGAAAGCCAAAUUCAAUAAUUGUUUUAUAAUUCAUUCAAAAUAAUUAUUCCUAAAUUCAAAACAAGCUAAAACAUGCUUACCUCCAUCGAUGUUAAGUUCAUCUUCAAUAGAGUUUAUCAGCAAGUUUAGAAAAUAAAGGGUUGUUUAGUUCUGCAAAAUAUUCUCCAAAUAGCAGAUGUCGUCCGUUGAGUUAUCUUCUUGCUGUUCUCAAGCGCGGAUCCACGCACGUUUCCACCGUUUUAUGGAAAUCGGUCAGAUUUUUCAUAAUAAAUCGAUUUUUCAUAUUAAAAAAUAAUUAAAAAAAAAACUUUCCAAGUUGCAAGGCUUUAUUCGAGUAGAAUGGAACUCGCCAAUAUCCUAUCUUAAUCAUUCAGAAACCCAGGAAAGGGGAUUUUAAGGAGUUAAAAUCACCCAGACCUCCCUGAAGCUUACGCCUAAGGCGCUGGUUUAGGAAAUUGGUUCAGUAUUUAUCCUAGCUCUGCGCCUCGUACUUGCUAUGUUUUUAGCCAAUAUUUGGCCUAUUUCUUCCCCAUAAAACAAAUGAAAAUGUUCUGGCAUUUUGUACUCAUUACCAAAACACCUCAACCUUGUCCACAGGUCUUCUUGGUUAACUGUUCAAUAUUUUGGUAAUUUUCUGCACAAUUGACGUCAUUUUUCACAUAUCGCAAAAUUCUUCCAAAUUUGGUCGACAUUAGCUAGUUAUGGUGAAUUAUGAUGAAUUAUGCGUGGGAUUUUAGCCAAUCAGAAACGGAGAAAUAUUUUGAAUGAAUAAUAACAUAAAUUAUGUCGAGAUUUUUGCUCAAAGUAUCCAAAGAUCAUGCUCUAUUUUAGGAGCUUUCAUACACUAUACAUUCUCUCUUACGUGCUUGCGCUAAAACCAGAAUUUUACAAUAAAAGCGACACGAAAAGGGAGGGUGAUCUCAAGUUAGUAGGGAACUUAAGAUGGAGACGUUUUCGGGGCGACGGCAACUUCAACCGGACGGGACGUCAUGAAUUUUGCAAUAUUGCCCAUGCUCUUACUCACCACAUUGCCGUCGUGCUCCCGUCGGCGAAGUGAAACUGGUCUGUUUUGCGUUGAGGCGAGAACGUGAGUAUUUAACUUUCAUUUCAAUCAGGUUUGCUACGUUUAGCAACCAGAAUUUUGCAGAUUAUCGUUCUUAAAUUGUCCUUGUUUGAGUCACAUUUCAAGCUCGAUUUCCAACCUCUGUUAUCUAAACUUACAUCUUUAUAAUGUUUCUAUGUUUCAUGUCACAGAGUCAAGAUCCAGUCUGAUCCAAUAUGGCAAACAGCAAACCGUAAGUGAGCUUUACAUGGACAAAAUUGUCCUACGAGCCAAAUGAAAGUAUCCAGACAAAUAGUGUGAACUCCGCUAUUUUAAUUGUGUGUUUUUAGCUCACUUCUUUCUUUAGAGUAUCGUAUAUAUCAAACGUAUUGAAAAUUGUUUAGAAUAGUACGUAAUACCACGUACCAACGUGGGAAUACUGAAAUAAAGUUGUUGUUGUUGCAUGCAAGCCAAUAAGCAUUAAUUCUCUUAAUUCUUUAUGUGACGCCAUAUUUUCCUCUUCGGUAGUCUUCCAAGGCGCCGUCCUUCUUAAUGUUCGAAUUUUGGAGGAAAGCGACGGCUGCCUCUGUUCCAGGCUUGCUCUGCCAGUCCGGUCGCCGUCGCCCCGAAAACGUCUCUAUCUUAAGUUCCCUAGUAUGUAAGCGACGGCGCGCCCUCAAAUAUAUAAACAUAAGCUUUCAAUCAUAUUCAAGGUCGCUUCAUGAGCGCAUAUAAUUUUGCAAAAUUCUCGUAAACAGCUGGUGAACAACCAGCUCUACCUGCGACCACUUUUAUGGGUUCCCGAGGUGGUCACCUACGAGAUCUUUUGACUGCAUAAGCUGUCACAACGGAGAGGAUCUGACGGACUCUUCAGGAAGUUGUGAAGCCAUUUUUAUAGUAGCCUCAUCUUCUCUUUCAGCAUGUUCAGUGGUUCCAAAACAUCCUGCACUCAGGGAAUGCUGAGUGCGUUAUGAGUAACAUAUCUACAAGAUAAAAACACUUUUUGUAAUAGGAAGAUCAGGUCAGUCGAUGGAACCGAAAACAGUUUGGUUGAAACACUACACACUUUCCUUAGAUCGCCCCAUGAUGAUGAAAAUGCUGGCCUAGGAUGCUGGUCAGCAGAUCCACUCCUAACGAAAGAAUUGAGGCUUAUUGGUCAUAGCUGGUGAAGGAUUGUCCUCGUUGGUGGAUCAAUGUUUUUUAAAGAUUCGUCAGAUUUAGGACUAUUUAAUGGUGUUAAGGAAGCGAUGGAAUACAAACUUGAACGCUUGAACACAACUUUAAUCCGCUCGAUUUACAAUACACACCGAUUUACAACAGGUUGAUGUACUGCCCUGGAACCCGACUUACAACAAAUCUACGAGCGACUAGCAAGGAAGUCACGUGACGUGUUAUCUACAUAAUUUAUUCUACUCUCACAGGUCCAGUCUCGCGGGGCUUUUAAUGACCCGAGUACGAGUACGACGAUGGGCCGUAACAUUCUCCCCACCUUGUCCUCCUUCGGGGAGGACAACUCUCUUCUUAGGCUUACGAAUAGGUACACUUUUAACAUUAACAGAGUUCGCUCGCGGCUUCUCCCCACCGUCAACAGGAACAUCAGCUUCACGGGUAACUUGUGGGGCCGCUGCAUCAAUUUCCAAUCUGUGUAAGCGUUGAACAGGCCUGUUGAAUACACCUUUCUGUGCUUUCACGGUAGCCGUUCGCACGAGUCCGUCCUUACCAGGAUGAACCUUUUCCACCCUGGCCAUUGGCCACUUGGUACGCGAUACAUUAUCAUCUGAGACCAAUACGAUAUCACCUUCUCGAAUGGAGGGGUUUUCCUCUUGCCAUUUACUUCUCACGGACAGAAGGUGCAGAUAUUCUCGUUGCCAACGUUUCCAAUAGUGGUUAAGUAGUCUCUGUAGGUAAAGAUACCUUUCGACAGUUCUUUUACUAGACUCCUCCAAGUUUUCUUCUUUACUCUCAGGUAACUGGUUAAUUGGUCUACCAAUUGCAAGAUGAGCAGGUGUAACCGGCAAAGGGUCUCUGCAAUCGUCGCUCACUGCCGUUAAUGGUCGCGAGUUGAUGAUGCCUUCAAUUCGAAUUAAUAAUGUGUUCAACUCAGAAAAGGUGAGAAGUGCCUUUCCAAGCACUUUACGCAAUGAUUCUUUGAUUGCUCUGAAAAAUCGUUCCCACCAUCCGCCUCGCCAUGGUGAACGCUCGGUGAUGAAUUUCCACGUAAUCCCUUUCGACGAGAGCUCAGAAUUAAUUCGAUUUCGAUCCAAUGUAUCCCACACCGUUCGACUUUGAGUACUAGGAUCAUACAAUUUCUGGAUUUCCUUGCUUGCAGCCUUAAAGGUUUUUGCGUUGUCGGACCACACUGUAUGGCAAAGACCUCUGCGGCUUGUCAUGCGACUAAAGGCUUGUAGAAACUCAUCAGUGGUAAGGCUGUGUGUUAGUUCCAAGUGAAUCAUACGAGAUGAUGCGCAUGUGAAUAGACAAACGUACACUUUCUGUAUGGUUGAACCUUCUUUUACAUAGAGAGGUCCUGCGAAGUCAGUUCCAACAUGCGCGAAAGCUGGUGAACAUGAAACUCUCUCUUCCGGCAAUGGGCCCAUUUUCUGCGCGCAAGGUCCAACUCGCUGUUUUUGGCAAGCCACGCAUCUUCUGAUAACACGUUUGACUUCUCGUCUCCCUUUGGUCAGCCAAAUUUUCUGUCUUAAGGUUGACAGUAUGCCUUCUGGGCCCGCAUGUAACAUGAUCUUGUGUAGGUCUAGUACCAUCUUUGCGACUUCGGGAUGUCCGUGAGGCAAUAUUACUUGAUGCUUGGUCUGUUCAAGUAGAUCAGCAAACUGCAGUCGGCCACCAACUCUUAUAACCUGAUCCUCUCUGUCAUAAUACGGGUCUAGUUUGAGAAGGCGACUGUUCUUGGGAAGAGUUUGUCCGGACUUUAGCAACUGGUAAUCUUCUUUAUAGACCUCUUCCUGUACCCACUUACAACACUUAAGCUCUGCCUUCUUCACUUCUUCUGCCGACAGUUCACUUUCAGAAGACUUACAUUUAGUCUUGAACAACUUGACUGCUCUCAGUACAUAAGCGGUUACUCGAAUCAACUUUAACCAUGUCCCGUAACGCGACAUAUCAAUUAACGGCUCUCUAACGACUGCUGUACAACCAUGAGCAAUUUUCCUUUCCUCUUCGCAUACUUCAGAGGAGACAGUACCACCUUGGGGCUGAACGGGUAAAGGUUUGUCACUCGAAGACAGCCACCGAGGUCCAUUCCACCAUAAGAUAUUGGCAAUCAUAUCAUCACAGCUCAACCCACGCGUCAACAAAUCUGCAGGAUUCUCCUUACUAGCACAGUACCUCCAACACUCAGGAUCCCACGUGGACUGUAUUUCUGCCACUCGAUUCGCCACGAAUGGUUUCCAACGAGAACUCUGACCUUUUACCCAAUGCAGUGCCACCAUACUAUCAGUCCAACACACAACACUAGUCACUUCCAUAGGCAAAGUGUCUACAACAAACUUCAACAACCUGGCAUUUACAACUGCAGCUAAAAGUUCCAGUCUGGGUAGUGACACUUUCUUGAUAGGUGCAACUCGGGACUUUGAUAUUACCAGCUGCGAGGAUACAUGACCUUGCUUGUCUGCUAUUCUGAUGUAAACUGCUGCUCCGUACGCUUUAGGAGAGGCAUCUCCAAAACCAUGUAGCUCUAUCUUAGACUCUUGCGUGAUGCCAUUUCCGAAGCAUCGGGGUAUGGUCACACCUUUCAGUUGCAACAACUCUGACUUCCAAUGUAGCCACUUUGCUUUAAUUUCACUGUCCAAAGGGUCAUCCCACAAUAAUCCUUUUAACCACAGUUCUUGGAAGAGGAUUUUGGCUCUGACAGUGAAAGGAGAUAUCAACCCUAAAGGGUCAAAUAUUUUCGACGCUAGACUAAGCAGGCUUCUCUUUGUCAUUGGAUCCGGAGAUAAGACAAUUCCACCCGGUGCAAGAAAUCGGAAGUGGUCAGAGGUCAAAUCCCAUGAGACUCCAAGCGCUUUAAGGGGUUCACUCGACUCAAACUCCACCAGUGACGAUGAGGCUCUUUUGGCUGGGGCAAUAGCAUCCAUUACGAGCUGUGAGUUACUUGCCCACUUUGUCAAGUUAAACGCCGCUUUACACAUGAUCUCUGACAUGUCUCGUUGAAGUUUCACAGUCGAGUCCACCGUAUCGGCUCCUGUUAGGACGUCAUCCACAUACAUGUUUUGUAGAAUUUCUUGGACUGCAUUUGGGAACAGUUCUGCGUAUUUUUUUGCAUGAGCAUGGACCGUCGAAAUAGCAAGGAAUGGACUUGAGUUCACACCAAAUGUCAGUCUUUGCAUUCUAUAAACUUUGGGUGUUUCGUUAGACUGUAAAUCUCUCCACAGGUAGCGGUGAACGUCUCGAUCCUCUGGCGCUAGCUUGACCUGAAGAAACAUCUUUUCAAUAUCUGCUAUGAGACCAAUUCUGUUUGUUCGAAAUCGAAUGAGUACAGAUGCAAGGUUGGGCUGUAAAGCAGGACCGGGAAGGACACAAUCGUUGAGAGAAACACCAUCUCCUUCUCGCGCGGAAGCAUCAAACACGAUUCUGCACUUAGUCGUCGUUUUGUCAUCACGGAACACAGCAUGAUGCGGCAGGUAGCGUACAGUUCUAUCUUCAUCAUUCUCGUUAGGCACUACCUCUGCAAAUCCUUUCUCUACAUAUUCAUUGAUUGCAGAAUUGUAAGCUUUAGCUUUCACAGGGUUAUGUCUUAACCUUCUUUCGAUGCUUUCCAGACGUCUAACAGCUUGCAUGUAGUUACUUUCCAGUUUAGGAGGGUCACGUUUCCACGGUAGUCGUACUUCAUAGUUCUUUCCGUCAAAUUUCAAUCCUCUAUUGAAGUCAGCAACAGCAACUUCCUCCUCCCGGGAAACAACAGUGUUUUCAGUCUCAGCGAUGCCAAUAGAUUCCAGUUCCCAGAAUCUUUUCAAGCUUUUAGUGAGUCCACUGUUUUCUACAACGGUAAGCAUGGAUGUGGUAUACCUUGAGUAACGGUUUACUUGUCCGGUAAGAAUCCACCCGAGAUGAGAUUCAACAGCAACAAGUGACUCAGAUGAACUACCUUUCUUGUACAACCCAGUUACGAACGAGUAGUAAAAGUCUGCACCAAUAAGGACGUCUACUUGGACGGAAUCGCGAGGGUAGGAAUCUGCGAGAGUUAAACCUUGAAGAUGAGAGUUCUUACGAAAGUCUAACUGCACUGGCCCGAGGGGGUUACAAAUCUUGGGAAUAGCAAGGGCCUCCAUCUCCACCUUGGAAUCUCCUUUCAUUGGCGAAAGUGCAAAUUUAACUCUCUGCAAUCUCUUGGUUUCACUAGUUGUUCCACCGAGCAUUGUAACACUUAAUAACUCUGAGGGACCUUGCAAGCCAAGGGACUCUGCAAUGUUCUUGCGCACAUAUGAACGUUGACUACCAGAGUCUAGCAAAACACGGACUUUCAUUUCUUGACCAUUGACAGUUAACCUCGCCAGCGCUGUCUGUAGCAGUGUUUCCUUCAAGGGCAAUGCCGGUUUAGCUGACGCUAACCCACUUAAACUGAUGUUGGAAGGCUGCUGGGGUGUAGCCACUAACUGCUGACCAUGUAACAAUUUAUGAUGACGGCGGCCACAAUUUGCCACAGAACACUUAGGUUGGCGACAAAUCUUGGAAAAGUGCUUGUGGUUGCUGGGCUUUAAACAAUUGAAACACAGUUUAUUCUCUUGAACUAGCUUCCACCUGUCAUCUAGUGACUUGUCAUUGAAAACUGGGCAAUUUGGCGACUCGUGACCUGCCUUACAGAAAUUGCAGCUUGGACCAGUUAGCUCGCGUGCCUCACCAAGUAAUGCAGAGGCUGUAUACGCUCCAUCCUCACCACCCAUUCGAGGAAAUGAAGGCUUUCUUCUGUUAUCUCUACCCUUAUCAGAACUGCGAUUGCUUUGGGUAUUGUUCACAUUACAACCUCUCUCCCCCGCCUCUUUGGAUACAACUUGGCGGUUCAGAAAUUUGAAAAACAACUCAAGAUCUAUUUUAUCCUCUUGAGUGUCUGCAAGCUCCAACUCCCAUUUUUCUAGUAACUGAGGUGGCAACUUGGUCUCAAAGAUGGGUAACAAAAUACAACCAUGACUCGUUGGAUCUUCACCAAGCGCUUCUAAGGCUCUGGUUCUAUUCAUAAAUGUGUCAUAAAGAUCUCUAAGGGCGGAUGCGCUGACCGCCGACUUAGCAUCCAUCUGGAUGACAGAUUUCACAAGGGAUGAGAUUAUCAUACGUUUUCUUCCAUACCUGUGUUGGAGGCAAUGGACCGCUGCUUGAUAAUUUGCUCCAGUUACUUCAAAUCCUUCUAUUGUUUGCAAAGCAUUACCAGUAAGCACUGAGCGUAGGUAAGUAAACUUCUGUACCUUGGGUAAGUCAUCAUUGUUAUGCACUGCGGCUUCAAACUGGUCCCAGAAGUUUUGAAAUUUCAACACAUCCCCAUUAAACUUUGGCAGUUCAAUCCUGGGCAAUUUAAGACUUGAAGAUUGACGACUGUCAGUAUGUGUAUUUUCUUUUGAAGACUGAUGAUCUUCCACUUUGGAAUCCUUUUGGAGGUAUUCAUGAGCAACAUCGAUAGCUUUAUCCACCACACGUAAAAGGUCUCCCCAUUUGCGAAGUUCUUCUUCUAUCAUAUCCUCCGCGAUCAGCGCGACUAUUUCAUUUCUCAGCUGAAGAUAUUUCUCUCUAUGCACGGUAAGUCUUUCAAUUCUCAGCUUUACUUUCACUUUGUUACUGGUACUUUGACUAAGCUCCGAAAUUUCCCGAAUCAGCCCGUCCAUAUCUAUUUGCAAGGCUUUGGCUUUGCGUCUGAUCGAAUUAAUCUGUUGAAUUUCUACUUCACUCGAAGACUCCGCUGACUCAGCAAGAUUCAUUUCUUCCUUCGACUCUGGUUUGACAACAUUUGACUUUGAAUCGUCUACCAACCUUUCAAUCAAGACCUUCUUUUUUCCAGUAGUUGGUAAUCCUUUUUCUUGAAGCAGCUUUCGCAGCUGAUCAACUGUAAGUUGCGAUAAAUCAUCAUUUUCGGUCUUUGGACUGGCGGCCAUCUUAUCGCCCACGUGGUGAUGACCUUGCGAAGAAUUACAAAUUUACUGUUCAAAUGUCACCUUGUAUCCGGCUGUGAAGGACCAUGUUAAGGAAGCGAUGGAAUACAAACUUGAACGCUUGAACACAACUUUAAUCCGCUCGAUUUACAAUACACACCGAUUUACAACAGGUUGAUGUACUGCCCUGGAACCCGACUUACAACAAAUCUACGAGCGACUAGCAAGGAAGUCACGUGACGUGUUAUCUACAUAAUUUAUUCUACUCUCACAGGUCCAGUCUCGCGGGGCUUUUAAUGACCCGAGUACGAGUACGACGAUGGGCCGUAACAAAUGGUUCGGAUCCUGUUCACCAGGAAUGUAUUCGAUUUUGCUUCACGCAAAUCUUAAGAGAUGAGCUUCAGCAAGUUGCUGAAAUGUGGAAUCAGCUAACAGCAUCAAGCAAGUUUGAAAACAGCAGGGGUCCUAGAGGAAUAAAUCAACGAUAUGCACUGAAGAUUUUAGUAAAGAGUUUGCCUUGA